AUUAAAAAUUAUUAACUACUAUAAAUAACGUUCACCACGUUGCGAUUAAUUUAUCAGUAAAUGAAUAUUAGUUUGAAGAUUGUCAUGAGAGUGAAUGGACCGUUGAAAUAAUCAUUUAUAAAAAAAUUUUAACAAUAACAAGUUUAAAUAAAAAAAUCAAUAGACGUCAUGCGGUCAAUUAUCAAUAUUUAUCUGUCUGUCACUGGAUAUCUGACAGAGAAGAAACAAGAAACAAUGGAUGAAAGAACAAGACUCAUUGGUAAUCCAGUUUUUAUAAAUAUUGAUGAUAAGAGUGAUUUUAAAAAUGAUUUAAUGGGAAAUUAUGAAUAUUUAACGGCUCAUCCACUUUGGAUAAAAAUACGAUUGAUAAUAUUCUGGAUUCUUUGGAUUGCUCUUAUUGUCAUAAUAAUAAUCACGGUUGUUAUCAAAUCGUGUUUGUUUAGUAAUAUUUGUUCGUCUUCAUUUAACAAUAAAAUGACAAAAUAGAAAAAAUAUAAUAUAAAAUGCGAUAAUAAAAUAUUAUCUCAUAUUACACAGUUUUUGUAACAAUAUAUUGUUAAAAAAAAAAACAAUCAAUUGGUAAUUUUAAUUUAAAAUUUAUUACUUGUUUUAAUGAAUAAUUAAAUCAUGUUAGUUGUAUAAAUUAGUUUUUAUAAUUGUAGUUUUAAAUUAUUAUCUUUUUUUUUUUAUACUGAAAAUAUUUUUGUAAAUAUAUAGUUUUAUUCAUUAAUAAUUAAAAGCAUAUUUAUUAAAUUCAUUUUUCUUAUUUGUACAAAAAAAUAAAUAAAUAAAUUUUAGCAUUUAUUUUGU